CGGCUUCGCGCUCAGAUCGGGGUGGUCGCUCCUCCAGCGCGGAGCUCUGGAAGAGGCAGGACCACGCCACCCGGCUGCAAGCCCGAUCCGUAUACUUUAAAGAUAUAGUAUAUGUUAAUCAGGGGUGGCGGGGGGGGUGGUGUGUUUGCGUGUGACAAUUAAAGCAAAAAGAAAAGUUAUUAGUUAACGUUAUAUUCGAAUAAUAAAGAAACUUUCGUAGAGACACAACUCUCUUUUCCCCCCCCUACCCUUCCCCCCCCAUCUUCCCCCUUUUUACCCCUCCCCCUCUCCGGGCUUAGACGUUAAUCGAAUUUAAUUUAAGAAUAUAUAUAUAAUCCGUAACAAACAAAAAAAGUGUGCUGCAGUAAGCGGCGGCGGCGGCGUUGUGUUUUUGUUGUUUAAAAAAAAGGAAAAGUUUUGUUAAAAGAUUAUAAAUAAAAUAAUAAAUUUAUAAUAAUUUGAAGGAAAAAAAAGGCCAAGCCAUGCCGCAUUACGGGCCGCCCUCGAGCGAGAGCGCCUGCCCGCUCCGCACCAUCAAGAGGCUGCAGUUCGGAGUGCUGAGCCCCGAUGAAAUUAAACGGAUGUCGGUGACGGAGGGCGGCAUCAAGUACCCCGAGACCACCGAGGGAGGGAAACCCAAACUGGGGGGCCUCAUGGACCCCCGGCAGGGAGUCAUCGACCGCACGGCGCGCUGCCAGACGUGCGCCGGCAACAUGACGGAGUGCCCGGGCCACUUUGGCCACAUCGAGCUGGCCAAGCCGGUGUUCCACGUGGGCUUCCUCACCAAGACCAUCAAGGUUCUCCGAUGCGUCUGCUUCUUCUGCUCCAAGAUGCUCGUGGAUUCGAACAACCCCAAGAUCAAGGACAUCCUGCUCAAGUCUCGGGGCCAGCCACGCCGGAGGCUCACGCACGUCUACGACCUCUGCAAGGGCAAGAACAUCUGCGAGGGUGGGGAGGAGAUGGACUCGCGAUUCGACGGUGACCUCAAGGAGGGCGCCUCGGAGGAGACCAAGGAAAAAGGCCACGGGGGCUGCGGGCGCUACCAACCCCGCAUCCGCCGCUCGGGCCUGGAGCUCACGGCCGAGUGGAAGCACAUCAACGAGGACUCCCAGGAGAAGAAGAUCGUGCUGAGCGCCGAGCGCGUCUACGAGAUCUUCAAGCGCGUGACGGACGAGGAGUGCACCAUCCUGGGCAUGGACGUGAAGUUCGCGCGGCCCGAGUGGAUGGUGGUGACGGUGCUGCCGGUGCCGCCGCUCGCCGUGCGACCGGCCGUCGUCAUGCAGGGCUCUGCGCGCAACCAGGACGACCUGACGCACAAGCUCGCCGACAUCGUGAAGAUCAACAACCAGCUGAAGCGCAACGAGCAGAACGGCGCUGCGGCGCACAUCAUCGCCGAGGACGUGAAGCUGCUGCAGUUCCACGUGGCCACCAUGGUGGACAACGAGAUGCCCGGCCUGCCCAGGGCGAUGCAGAAGUCCGGCCGCCCCCUCAAGUCGCUGAAGCAGCGGCUCAAGGGCAAGGAAGGUCGCGUGCGGGGCAACCUCAUGGGCAAGCGAGUGGACUUCUCGGCGCGCACGGUCAUCACGCCCGACCCCAACCUCUCCAUCGACCAGGUCGGCGUGCCGCGCUCCAUCGCGGCCAACAUGACCUUCCCCGAGAUCGUCACGCCCUUCAACAUCGACAGGAUGCAGGAGCUGGUGCGGCGCGGCAACAACCAGUACCCCGGGGCCAAGUACAUCACACGUGACAACGGCGAGCGUGUCGACCUGCGCUUCCACCCCAAGCCCAGCGACCUGCACCUGCAGAUCGGAUACAAGGUGGAGAGACACAUGUGCGACGGAGACAUCGUCAUCUUCAACCGCCAGCCCACGCUGCACAAGAUGUCCAUGAUGGGGCACAGAGUGCGCAUCCUGCCCUGGUCCACCUUCCGCCUCAACCUCAGCGUGACGACGCCGUACAACGCGGACUUUGACGGCGACGAGAUGAACCUGCACCUGCCUCAGUCGCUGGAGACUCGCGCCGAGAUCCAGGAGCUGGCCAUGGUGCCGCGCAUGAUCAUCACCCCGCAGAGCAACCGGCCCGUCAUGGGCAUCGUGCAGGACACGCUCACGGCCGUGCGCAAGUUCACCAAGCGGGACGUCUUCCUCGACCGCGCGGAGGUGAUGACGCUGCUCAUGUACCUGUCGACGUGGAACGGCAAGAUGCCGCAGCCGGCGGUGCUCAAGCCGCAGCCGCUGUGGACGGGCAAGCAGGUGUUCUCGCUCGUCAUACCGGGGCAGAUCAACUGCGUGCGGACGCACAGCACCCACCCGGACAACGAGGACAGUGGACCCUACCGCCACAUCUCUCCCGGGGACACCAAGGUGAUUGUGGAGAACGGCGAGCUGAUCAUGGGCAUCCUGUGCAAGCGGUCGCUGGGCACGUCAGCCGGGUCGCUCGUCCACAUCGUCUUCCUGGAGAUGGGGCACGACACCACACGCCUCUUCUACAGCAACAUCCAGACCGUCGUUAACAACUGGCUGCUCAUAGAAGGUCACUCCAUCGGCAUUGGAGACUCCAUCGCCGACGCCAAGACCUACCAGGACAUCCAGAACACCAUCAAGAAAGCCAAGCAGGACGUGAUAGAGGUGAUCGAGAAGGCUCACAACAACGAGCUGGAGCCCACCCCGGGCAACACCCUGCGGCAGACGUUUGAGAACCAGGUCAACCGCAUCCUGAACGACGCUCGCGACAAGACUGGAUCCAGCGCGCAGAAGUCGCUCUCGGAGUACAACAACUUCAAGUCCAUGGUGGUGGCUGGCUCCAAGGGCUCCAAGAUCAACAUCUCGCAGGUCAUCGCGGUGGUGGGUCAGCAGAACGUGGAGGGCAAGCGGAUCCCGUUUGGCUUCAAGCACCGCACGCUGCCGCACUUCAUCAAGGACGACUACGGGCCCGAAUCGCGCGGCUUCGUGGAGAACUCCUACCUGGCCGGCCUCACGCCAACAGAGUUCUUCUUCCACGCCAUGGGCGGUCGCGAGGGCCUCAUCGACACGGCCGUCAAGACGGCCGAGACCGGUUACAUCCAACGGCGACUCAUCAAGUCGAUGGAGUCGGUGAUGGUGAAGUAUGAUGGGACGGUGCGCAACGGCAUCAACCAGGUCAUCCAACUGCGCUACGGGGAGGACGGCCUCGCGGCCGAGCACGUGGAGUUCCAGAACCUGUCCACUCUGAAGCCCUCCGACAAGGCCUUCGAGAAGAAGUACAAGUUCGACUUUGCUAACGAGCGCGCCAUGCGGCGCUGCCUGCAGGAGGAGGUGGUGAACGACAUCAUGAGCAACGCGCACGUCCAGAACGAGCUGGACAAGGAGUUUGACCGCAUCCGCUCCGACAGGGACACGCUCCGCUCCGUGUUUCCCACGGGCGACAGCAAGGUGGUGCUGCCGUGCAACUUGAUGCGCAUGAUCUGGAACGCUCAGAAGAUCUUCCACAUCAACACGCGCCAGCCCACUGACAUCAACCCCCUGCGCAUCAUCGAGGGCGUCCAGGAGCUGAGCAAGCGCCUGAUGAUCGUGAAGGGCGACGACCCGCUGAGCCGCCAGGCACAGGAGAACGCCACGCUGCUCCUCAACUGCCACGUGCGCUCGACGCUGUGCGCCCGCCGCGUCACCGAGGAGUUCCGACUCUCGCUACAGGCCUUCGAGUGGCUGCUGGGCGAGAUCGAGGCGCGGUUCAACUACGCCAUCGUCCACCCCGGCGAGAUGGUCGGUGCUCUGGCGGCGCAGUCGCUGGGGGAGCCGGCCACCCAGAUGACGCUGAACACCUUCCACUACGCCGGCGUGUCGGCCAAGAACGUGACGCUGGGCGUGCCGCGUCUCAAGGAGCUCAUCAACAUCUCCAAGAAGCCCAAGACGCCCUCGCUCACCGUCUUCCUCACCGGGCAGCCGGCACGCGACGCUGAGCGCGCCAAGGACAUCCUGUGCCGGCUGGAGCACACGACGCUCCGCAAGGUGACGGGCAACACGGCCAUCUACUACGACCCGGAGCCCCAGAGCACGGUGGUGUCGGAGGACCAGGAGUGGGUGAACGUGUACUACGAGAUGCCCGACUUCGACGUGGCGCGCAUCUCUCCCUGGCUGCUGCGCGUCGAGCUCGACCGCAAGCACAUGACCGACAAGAAGCUCACCAUGGAGCAGAUCGCCGAGAAGAUCAACGCCGGUUUUGGCGACGACCUCAACUGCAUCUUCAACGACGACAACGCCGAGAAGCUGGUGCUGCGGAUCCGCAUCAUGAACAGCAGCGAUAACAAAUAUCAGGACGAGGAGGAGAUUGUGGACAAGAUGGACGACGAUGUCUUCCUGCGCUGCAUCGAGGCCAACAUGCUGACUGACAUGACGCUGCAGGGCAUUGAGCAGAUCACCAAGGUGUACAUGCACCUGCCCCAGACGGACGACAAGAAGCGCAUCACCCUGACGGAGGAGGGGGAGUUCAAGGCGCUGCAGGAGUGGAUCCUGGAGACGGACGGCGUGAGCCUCAUGAAGGUCCUGUCCGAGAAGGACGUCGACCCCGUGAGGACCACCUCCAACGACAUCGUGGAGAUCUUCACGGUGCUGGGCAUUGAGGCGGUGCGCAAGGCGCUGGAGCGUGAGCUGCACCACGUCAUCUCCUUUGACGGCUCCUACGUGAACUACCGCCACCUGGCGCUGCUGUGCGACACCAUGACGUGCCGGGGGCACCUCAUGGCCAUCACGCGCCACGGAGUCAACCGGCAGGACACGGGGGCACUCAUGAAGUGCUCCUUUGAAGAGACGGUGGACGUGCUGAUGGAGGCGGCGUCCCACGCCGAGGUGGACCCCAUGAAGGGCGUCUCCGAGAACAUCAUGCUGGGCCAGCUGGCGCCUGCCGGCACCGGCUGCUUCGACCUGCUGCUCGACGCCGAGAAGUGCAAGUUCGGCAUGGAGAUCCCCACCAACAUCGGCGCGCUGGGCAUCGGGGCUCCAACGGGGAUGUUCUUCGGUGCCGUGGGCAGCCCCUCGUCCGGGAUGUCUCCGGCCAUGACGCCCUGGAACCAGUCGGCAACGCCGGCCUACGGCGCCUGGUCCCCCGGCAUCGGCAGCGGCAUGACUCCGGGUGCCGCCGGCUUCUCUCCGAGCGCCGCGUCGGACGCCAGCGGCUUCAGCCCCGGCUACUCCCCGGCCUGGUCGCCCACGCCGGGGUCGCCGGGGUCACCGGGGCCCGGCUACAUCCCCUCUCCCGGUGGACCCCUUUCUCCCAGCUACUCCCCGACGUCUCCCGCCUACGAACCCCGCUCUCCCGGCGGCUACUCGCCCCAGAGCCCCAGCUACAGCCCCGCCAGCCCCAGCUACAGCCCCACCAGCCCCAACUACAGCCCCACCAGCCCCAGCUACAGCCCCACCAGCCCCAGCUACAGCCCCACGUCUCCCUCCUACUCGCCCACCAGCCCCAGCUACAGCCCCACCAGCCCAAGCUACAGCCCCACCAGCCCCAGCUACAGCCCGACCAGCCCAAGUUACAGCCCCACCAGCCCCAGCUACAGCCCCACGAGUCCCAGCUACAGCCCCACGUCUCCCUCCUACUCGCCCACCAGCCCCAGCUACAGCCCCACCAGCCCAAGCUACAGCCCGACCAGCCCCAGCUACAGCCCGGCAAGCCCCAGCUACACCCCGACCAGUCCAAGCUACAGCCCCACCAGCCCCAGCUACAGCCCCACCAGCCCCAGCUACAGCCCCACCAGCCCCAGCUACAGCCCCACCAGUCCCAGCUACACCCCCACCAGCCCCAACUACAGCCCGGCGUCUCCCAGCUACAGCCCGACAAGCCCGAGCUACAGCCCCACCAGCCCCAGCUACAGCCCCACCAGCCCCAGCUACAGCCCGGCAUCACCCGCCUACUCCGGCGCGGGUUUUCCAGCCCGGUCGCCCUCCUACAGCCCCAGCUCCCCUUCCUACAGCCCCAGCUCGCCCUCGUACAGCCCCAGCUCGCCCAAGUACACCCCGACCAGCCCCAGCUACAGCCCCACGUCGCCCGAGUACAGCCCGGCCUCGCCCAAGUACUCCCCGACGAGCCCCACUUACACCCCGACGAGCCCCAAGUACUCCCCGACGAGCCCCACGUACUCGCCCACCACCCCCAAGUACACCCCGUCGUCGCCCACCUACACCCCCACGAGCCCCGCCUACACGGCGACGCCCAGCGGCUACUCCCCGCCCUCGCCCAAGUACUCCCCGACGAGCCCCAAGUACACCCCGUCGUCGCCCACUUACACGCCCACGAGCCCCACUUACACGCCCACGAGCCCCACUUACACGCCCACCAGCCCCACUUACACGCCCACCAGCCCCACUUACACGCCCACCAGCCCCAAGGGCUCCUCCUACUCGCCCACGUCGCCCGGCUACAGCCCCGCGAGCCCCACCGUCAGCCCGGAGGACAGCGACGAGGAGGAAAGCUGAAGGGGCGGCGGAGGCGGCGGCGGAGGCGGCGGAGGCGGCGGAGGCGGC